CAUAAAACACCCUCAAACAGCACAAAACCACAAAAAUGACCAAAACAUUCACCCCCUUCAUAACCGGGCACAUAACCGCCUCCCAUCGCAUAGUAAUGGCCCCCCUAACCCGCCUCCGCGCCGACUCGCACAACAUCCAACUCCCCAUGACAAUCUCCUACUACACGCAACGCGCCGUUCACCCGGGAACAUUGAUAAUCAGCGAAGCAUGCACGAUCUCCCCCCGCACAGCGUCCUCCUUCCCGCACGCCCCAGGUAUCUGGAACGAGGAACAGAUCAAGCGGUGGAGGGAGAUUACCGACGCAGUACACGCGCGCGGAUGUUAUAUGUACUGCCAGAUCGUUGCCCCCGGACGCGCGGGAAUGCCCGAUGCUGCUGCGAGCAAGGGAUUUAGUGUUGAUGCGCCGAGCGCCAUCCCAAUUACUGGGAUGGCGACGCCGAGGGCGAUGAGCGAGGACGACAUCAAGUCGUCCAUUGAGGAAUUCGCACACGCAGCGCGGUGUGCGAUGGAGGCUGGUUUCGACGGCGUGGAGAUUCACGGCGCGAAUGGGUACUUGGUUGAUCAGUUUACGCAGGAUACUAGUAACCACCGGAAUGAUAUCUGGGGCGGGAGCGUGGAGAAUCGCAACCGGUUCGGUGUUGAAGUUGCGCGGGCUGUGAGCAGUGCUAUUGGGGCUGAGAGGACGGGGUACAGAAUUAGUCCGUGGAGUCGGUUCCAGGAUAUGCGGAUGGACGAUCCGGUUCCUCAGUUUACGGAGUUGACGAGAGCUCUUAAGGAGCUGGGGUUGGGAUAUCUGCAUAUCAUUGAGGCGCGGGUUACCAACAGUGAAGACAUCGAUACGCCUGAGCAGGUUGAUUUCGUGCUUGAUGUGUGGGGAGACCAUUCCGUCGUUCUAUUGGCAGGCGGGUUUACUCCGGACAAUGCGCAGCAUUAUCUAGAUGGGGUGUAUAAGGAUCGGAACGUGGCGCUGGUGUUUGGUCGGUAUUUCCUGUCGACGCCGGAUUUGGUGUACAGGAUGCAGAAGGGGAUUGCGCCGAAUGCGUACCAUCGGCCUUCGUUCUAUACACCGAUGCAGUUGGAGGGGUACUUGGAUUAUCCGUAUAAGGGCGACGACUCGUAG